AUGGAAGCAUACAAAAGAAUUAAUGAUGAGUCUGAAGCUAUUGCUAAAAAAACUAAUAGUAGAAUUGAUAUGCGUAAAUCUAGAAAUUAUACAUUAACAACUAUAAAAUUUUUCAAAGAAACCACUUUAGCACCUCAAAAAAGUGAAAAAAUAAGUGAACAAGAAAGUGCAUGGAUAGAUUUAGCAACAACUAGUGCUUUAAUAUUUGCAGAAAGAUAUGAAGGAGAAGCUAAUCAAUAUGAUAUAAAUUCAAUAUAUAUAUUUGAAAUGAUAAAAAAAGAUGCAUCAUGGCCAAUUGUAUCAGCAACAAUAGAAGGAAAUCCUCUAAAGAAAAGUCUUCAAUGUACGAGAUAUUUAUGUUAUAAUCCACAUAGAAUUUACACACAUUAUGAUUUAGAAUGUGCGCGAAAAAAUAGAUUAAAAGUAACAUUAAUGAAUAUAUUACCAAAUGCACUUAUUUAUGAAAGAAAUGUACAUAUAACAGAAAAAGACAUGUUUGGUGAAUGGGGUAAUAUAUUAUACAAAAUUAAAAAAGAAGAUGGAAUAGAAGGAAAAGUUAGUAAAGCAUUAUUAGUUUCAUUAUGGGAUGUAUUAUGUGAGCAAAAAAAUGAUCAAAAUUAUGGUUUACAUCCACGAAUAAAACUAUUCUUAUUAGUAUCUGCACGAAAAAGAAUAUCAGAAAUUGUAAAGCUACUAAGAGAUCAAAUAAAACAUAUACAUACAGAUAGCUUUAUUAUAGCUAGAAAAGUAGAACUUAAAACAGGAAUAGAAAUAG